AUGACACUGAUAGUGAACGCGUCUGAAAGCCCUGAAUCUAGAAACGACGAAGUGCCGACGUGUCUCGAAACAGCUCUUUUGGUGGGCCCUUUGCAAGUGAAUUUCAGUAACCCAGUGACUCUGGAAAUGGUACGAGAGGAGAAUCCUGAGCUUCAGGAAGGGGGCCGCUGGAAGCCCUACUGUGCCCUACAGAAAGUGGCCAUAAUCAUCCCCUUCAGACACAGAGAAGAACACUUGAAGUUCUAGCUCCACUACCUCCACCCCAUUCUUCAGAGGCAGCAGCUGGACUAUGGUGUCUAUGUCAUCAAUCAGGAUGGAGAAACCAUGUUUAACAGAGCCAAGCUGUUGAAUGUGGGGUUUGCUGAAGCUCUGAAGGAGUAUGACUAUGAAUGCUUCAUCUUUAGUGAUGUGGACAUUGUCCCCAUGGAUGACCGAAACAUCUACAAGUGCUAUAGCCAGCCCAGGCAUCUCGCUGUCGCCAUAGACAAAUUUGGUUUUAGGCUACCCUAUAAUCAGAACUUUGGUGGUGUUUCAGCUCUUAGCAAAGAGCAGUACAUGAAAAUAAAUGGCUUUCCCAAUCAUUAUUGGGGCUGGGGUGGAGAGGAUGACGACAUAUACCACAGGGUGAGAAUCAAGGGAAUGUCACUCUCCAGACCUAAUGGAAAAAUAGGGAGAUGCCGAAUGAUCCGUCACAAAAGAGAUUUGCACAAUCAACCGAAUCCCAAAAGGUUUAAUAAUAUAGCACAUACAAGACAAACAAUGGAAACUGAUGGCAUCAAUUCUUUGAAGUACCAAGUAGUGAGAAUUGAAAAGGAUCAGCUGUUCACUAAAAUCACUGUGGAUAUUGUGACACCAUGAUGUAAAAAGUACAGAACUACAAAAACUCCACAAACCCCACAUUUUCUCUUUAAGCAGUCGUUGGACCGUUAUUUUCAUUGCUGGGGAUAGCUGAGGAUGCAUCUUGCAACUAGACAGCUACUACUUCAGUUUGUGACAAAUGUACA